ACUGUGUUGACCUUUAACCCUUGAAAAUAUCAUUACUGCGCCUGCGUCAUUCGUAAGCGGGAAAAUUUCAAGAUGGCGGAAAGUCAUCCCCAAACGUCAGUUCAUACAGAUCCCCAGGCAAGUCAGAAUGAGAAGCAGGAGACAACACCGGAGCAGGAACUGGACAAUCUUAUAUGCAGCACGACAAGGAAGAGGAAGAUUUGUCCACAGAAAAUAACCAAACAACUGUCCAAGAAACUGAGGGCCCAGGCUGCCGCACUGGAUAAUUAUGUCCCAGUCGUGAAAAGUUCUAUAGUCCUAUCUGAGGACCACAAUACAGCAGAUGAUCAGAGUCUCCUGGACAGAUGCAGGGACUCCAUGCACACCUUAGGACAACAGAUCAAGACCAUUCCAGCAGUUAUUGGGAAAGCAGAGAGAACUAAGAAGGUACUUCUGGAGCAGCCAGCAGUUGUCACCAAAACUGACAGGGUUCUCUUCAGGCCACACAAGGAUGAAGCAAAGAUGGCAGCCUCUCUCACACCACUUCGGAAUCAGCUGGACCGGAGCCCCGCCCCUACACCCUCCCCACGAGCCUCCCGAAGACUCCUGCUGGAGGACAAGGUCGCCUCCAAGUCGCUCAGGAAACAUGCAGCCUCUGGUUACAUUCUGAGGCAGAAAAACUAAGCCUUCAAUGAUAAUAGCAUCAUUAUGUCUGUUGUAAUAUAGUAUACAUGUAGUACCUAUCACUGGAACUAUUUUUUUCUGCUGUAUCUUUUUAUGUUGUCGCAUUUUCUACUGUGUAUAAAAAUAUAUGAAAACUGUUGUGCCUUAUGAAUUCACUGAAGAACAGUAGUCUUCUCUCAGAGCUUUGUAUGUGCUUGUCCCUUUGUUAUGAACUUGUUUCUGUAUUUUUAGCUCGUGCCUAUCACUUUUUUGUGUACGGUAGUCUCCAAUUCUACCCCUAUGAUCCAUUGGAGUAUAUAGCCAUCACAUUAGAGAGAAACAUUGGUGAGAGCAAACUGGCAUCCAACUCCUACGUUCUUGUAAAAACACUUUGGUGAUACUCACUGGUAUGUAAUUUGCUAAAUGAAUUUCAUCACUUUUACACAUGUAUAUAUAUAUUUCUGCCAAUAAGAUGGUUGUAGUUUUUUGGCAUCUUUAUUUCUGCUUUUUCUAUAUUUUAUUU